AUGUCACUACCCAUAGCGCUCCAAUCAGUUGUGUUCUACUUCGUGGCCUGCACACCAUGUCGGGCUGCGUUGAAGCGAAGGCAGCAGAAGGAGAUGUUUGAGGCAGAGAAGGCUCAGCGGACAGCUCUGGAGAUGGAACAGCCUUCUCUUUACCUCCAUCCGGCGCCGUUUACAACAAACCCGUACUGGCAAGAGGAGAUAAACCGGGGUCCGAGUUUGCCAAAGAAGUCCGCGAGCAAGAACUCGAGUGCCCGGGGCCUCAACAGCUCUGGUAAGGACAGCGAUGUUCCCAGGGGGAGCAAAGAAACCGACGCACCCAACGAGUCAUUUGCCGAUAGCUCGACGGCUGUACCGGAAAGCGAAGCCCCCGAUGAUUUGAACAAGAGGACGAAUUUCCAGCGCGCAGACGAGGAACUUUGGGGUGAAUGGUCUGGUCAUAGAAUCAAGGACGCCUUCUCCAAGGCCAAGGAUUCCGCAGGUCGCCUGAUGGAUUCCAGGCUGUUCUUUGAUAAAGAGGUCACCGACGAGGAACGACGAGAGUUUUAUCAGGCACGAAGAGUUCCACCGGUCAAUGACUAUCACCCACCUGUUGUCAGCAACAAGGCGCCUAGUAGAGCUGCGCAUCAGUGGAUGCUCCAACCUCCGCCCCCAGCCAAAGUCAUGGAGGGCAAGGUUCCCGUCAGUCGCAACGUCAGCUCAGGGAGCAGGUCCAGUGGCCGAACGGCCAUCGGGGACGAGAACAGCCUCGCGCGUCAGGUGUCAGAGAGACUCUUGCGGGAGCGCACGCUCAAGGGAAGAAACCCUACCGAGGAGGAGUUGAUCGAGUCUUUAUUGCCUCGCACAAAUCGAUCGCUUAGCUUUCCUCGAACGAGAAGUCUGUCACUAGAUGGCCUUCCUGAGGAUCUCGAAGAGCCGUAUGCUGAAGUGCGAAGCACUCAUCUGCGUAUUGAGGUGGAAGCUCAAAUAAGAGAGAGUCAGCACCAAACGCCAGCCCCUCGGGCAGCGCGACGACCAGGCCUACGGACGAUUGCAGGUUCGAGAUCCAACAGCGGCAAUAAAGUACCACGGUCGUCGAUGGCAAAGAAUUCGGAGCUAGAAGCCACGAAAGGUGACACGAAACAGGCGGACUACAUCGACGGGCAGAGCCGUGUGGAUGGGCACAUUAACAAAGGUGGAACGGCAGCAGUCAAUUCCGAGUGA